AUGUCGCAGUGGCAAUCCUCCAAGGGGUCGGCCGCGAAGGUCUACGCCACCCCUUCCCUCUUCAAGGACUACAACAAGCUCACGAAGGAUCUGCUCACGAAGGACUUCCCCACGCCGAAUAAGUGGGUCCUGGAGUGCAAGUACAAGGGCCCCAAGGACACCUUCUUCAUCAACCCCAAGGCUAACUCCGAUGGCAAGAUGUCGGCUGACAUCGAGUACGUCGCGGCGUGCAACGGCGGCCUAAAGGUCACCGUGACCCCUGACAUCAUGCGUGAGGUCAAGGCCACGGCCCACUACACGAUCCAGGGCCACAAGGUGGCGGUGGCUCUGCAGCGCCUCCAGGACAAGUACCACUACGAGAUCAGCCACGAGACUUGCGUGGCUCUCUCGAAACGCGCAAGCAUCAACGAGAAACUUACGCCGACUCAUGUGGAGCUGGGCAUGGGCAUCGACGUGGCACCGAACUGCCAGGUCGGCUGUGGUGCCACGUAUGAUAUUGGCGCCAACGACUGCAACUGGAACAUCGGCUGCCGCUAUGCGGGGAGGGGCUGCGAGAUGGCGGUGCGCACGAACCGCCUGAAAACUUACCAUACAAGCGCCAGCGCUCCCUGCUCCUUCAUGCUUAACGGCAACAGGUGCAUGAUGCGCGCCGCCGUCGAGGUGAUGUGCGGACGUGGUCUUGGCGACAAGGGUGUCGCGGUCACCGUGGGGGUGGAGGCCACGUGCCCGGUGCACCCGGCCAACACAAUAAAGGCUCGCGUGGACCGGGACAUGAAGUGGGCGGCCGCCUACAUCGUCAAGAUGGCGGACAACUGGACUGCGUGCCUCUCGUGGGACGAGAACAUGAAGGUUGGCGUGCAGAUGACGCACUCGUAG